AUGUCGACCUCAGAUAGCACGAUUUACAUCCUGUACAAUGCGAAUGCUUCCUUGCUCGGCAAGCUGAAUUACGCUUGUCGUAAGAUCACUGCGUCCUCCGACUCGAGCCCGUGUGCUGCUUGCGAUCUGACACACGGCGGCCUUCAUCUUGACGAGUCCGCGGCCUGGACCAAGACCAAGGCUGGAAUACACGCCGACGUCAAGCAGCUUCAUCGCGACGAGCUGACUCCCGAUCUACGGGAUUACAUCAAGGCGAAUUCGAUCAAGUAUCCUGUCAUUCUCGGCAAAUCAGCGCAGUCGCCUCUCAAAGUGCUUCUCGACUCGAGCACCCUCUCCAAAGUUUCUGCUGAUCAUUCAGCCUUUCUGUCCCUGCUCUCACAACGAGCCGACGAGGAAAAGAUCCCUUUGACCGUCGACAAUCCACAGUGA